UGGAAAUUGAAGGCUACAAUGAAUCGGACGGAGACAAGGGAAUGACAGUUAGCUAUUAAUGAAGCUUCAAUUUUUCGGGAGAAAAUGGGCAUGAGCAAAUGGGACUGCAUUGACUUUUCUUAAUGAACAGGCAUCAAAAAAUGUCAUCUUCACCUGAAAGUAAUCUCUUGAAAUCUUAGGACUGAAGCAUUAAUCAAGCUUUCGAGAAUGAGCACAAACACUGACAUUUUGGAUUUGUCUUAUGAGAUGUCUGAUCGCGAUGAGAUAUUCAUCGACGAAGCUCCUCUGCUUGUUUUCCGUGUCAUAGGCUGCACAGUUGUUACUUUGCUUGUUGGUUUUACCAUCAUCAUAUAUGUUACGUCAGGGAUGUUUCACCUAGACUGUUUAGCACAAAUCUGUUCAGAAGUCUGCAUUUUCGUUGCGUACAUGCUUAUCCUAUUAACAACAACAGAAAAGUUCCGAAUAAAUCCAGGAAUGUGCUUUGCAAUAUCCUUCUUUUUACAUUUCCUGUUCCUCGGAGCUUUCGUCUUCUCUUUGUUGGAAGUGUUGUGCAUUUCCCAAGUGUUGUAGCUUUUUUCCAAAAAAAAUAGUUUUCUUACAUCGAAGAGUGUGCUUCUCGUAGGUUGGGGUUGUCCAGCUUUUCUUAGUGUCCUUGCAGCAAGUAUAUGGCAUGAAAACUACGUUUCAAAGAAAAAUUGUUGGAUAAAUGUAUAUCGACCAAUGAAGUGGACUACUGUCAUACCGAUAGGAUUAUGCGCUUCUAUCCAAAUGCUAUUUCUACUUCGAAUCUUUUGUAUAUCUGAUGUGCCUUUAUUCACUCCUCAGAGCAAUUUCAGGAGAGCAAAGUGCUACUUAACCACCCGUUGGGCUUGCACAAUCAUCAUUAUUAUGCUUACAACAUCGUGGUCUUGCGGUAUGAUGGCAUAUAAUACUGGACAAGAAAACUUAUUUGCCGCUUUCACGGUAUCCAGUAUUGUAUUAGGAGUCUGCAUCUUUACACUGCGGAUAUCGUCUGAUGAUGAGGUUCGGAAAAUAAUUAUCGAACAUAUUUUGUGCUUCAUUGUACCACAGAAUAAAGUGAGAGCUUUUUCUACAGAUCCUCUUCCCAGAAAGAAAAUCUUCACAGAUGAAUCUGACAUUUUUAAAAAUGGAAAAGCUUUCAGUUCAGAGCAAAAUGUUACGUCUCAUAAAUAA